AUGUCCGAAACAACCAAAAAACAACUCAUCAUCAAUGCCUUCGCAAUGCAUUCCCCCAGCCAUCUAAACCCAGGUCUAUUCCGCUACCCAACCGACCAAGGCUCAAGCUACAAAAACAUCCAAACCUGGAUCAAACUGGCCCAAAAACUCGAAGCCGCAAAAUUCCACGCCAUCUUCUUCGCCGACGUCCUCGGCGGGUACGACGUCUACAAAGGACCUGCGAAUCUAGAUCCUACCAUCCCCGCUGCAGCUCAAUUCCCCAUCAAUGAUCCGUUGUAUAGUGUUCCCGCCAUGGCGGCCGCGACGGAGAGUAUUGGGUUCGGUGUUACGGCGUCGACGACGUAUGAUGCGCCUUAUGCGUUGGCAAGACGGUUCUCGACGGUGGAUCAUUUGAGUGGGGGGCGGAUUGGGUGGAAUAUUGUUACGAGUUAUUUGGAUUCUGCGGCGAGGAAUUUCGGGCUUGAUACGCAGGUUGAGCAUGAUGAGCGGUAUCGGAUUGCGGAUGAGUAUUUGGAUGUUACUUAUAAAUUGUGGGAGGGGUCUUGGAGGGAUGAUGCUGUGACAUUUAAUGGCUCAGAUGCAGAUGAUGGUUCUGGUUCUCGGAAGACUGCGCAGUAUGCGGACCCAGCUCGUGUACGCCAGAUCAACCACAAGGGUAAAUACUUCCAAGUCCCCGGUCCGCAUUUGUGUGAGCCGAGUCCCCAGCGAACACCAUUUCUGCUUCAGGCUGGUACAUCAACGGCUGGCAAAGCUUUCGCCGCCAAGCACGCCGAAGCAGUCUUCCUCCAUGCACAGAAACCUGAGCUAGUCCGUCCCUCGGUGGACAGUAUCCGCCAACAAGCUGCCGAAUUAGGCCGGAACCCGAACGACAUCAAGGUUGUGGCGGGAGCAUUGGUGAUCGUGGCCGAGACCGACGAAGCCGCGCAGGCCAGGUUCGAAGAAUUCAAGAAAUACGGUGAUCGGGAGGGCGCAUUGGCUCUAUUCGGCGGUUGGACGGGUUACGAUCUCUCCACAUACGCCGACGAUCAAGACUUCCGCUUCGUCGAGCUACCAGCCGUUCGGAGCAUGGUGAAUCACUGGGCGAGCACCGUUCCCGGCACCGAGGGCCUGAAAUGGGACAAGAGGACCAUUGCCGAUUACCUAGUCCUCGGAGGAAAUGGAGUCAAGAUUAUUGGCAGUGUCAAGACUGUUGCGGAUGAGUUGGAGCGGUGGGUGAGCGUUGGUGAUGUGGAUGGGUUCAACUUGAGUUAUGCCAGUUUACCGGAUACCUUUGAUGAUAUUAUCGAGCUUUUGUUGCCGGAGUUGCGUCGUCGGGGUCUGUUCUGGUCGGAUUAUGCUGUGAAGGGGGGAACGUUGAGGGAGAAUAUGUAUGGUCUGUCUGGUCAAUCGAGACUUCCAGAGGCUCAUACUGGAGCAAAGUAUUUCUGGAAGAAGGGGCAGGAUGUGCCUCCGUACUCGGUGGAUGAGUCGACGUGA